AUGAAAACUCUUAUAUAUUGUUGUGUUCUUUUAUUCCUAUCGACAUAUACUUCAAUUAUUCAAUUUGUGGAGUCUAAUGAGGAUGCGAAGAGGUUAUACGAUGACCUUAUGGUUAAUUAUAAUCGGCAUAGGAGACCGUCCACAUCACCAAACAAGCCGCUGACGAUCAAGUUGAAGCUUCGUCUUAGUCAGAUUAUUGAUGUGCACGAAAUCGACCAAAUCAUGACAUGCUCCGUAUGGCUUAAACAGACAUGGAUCGAUCGUAAGCUCUCAUGGGACCCGGUGAACUACGGUGGCGUGAAUGUGCUCUACGUGCCGUAUGAAAUGAUUUGGGUGCCCGAUAUUGUGCUUUAUAAUAACGCCGAUAGCAACUACAACAUCACCAUCUCCACCAAGGCCACACUUCACUAUACCGGAGAGGUCACUUGGGAGCCACCAGCGAUUUUUAAGAGUAUGUGUCAAAUCGAUGUCAGAUGGUUCCCGUUCGACGAGCAACAGUGUCAUUUGAAGUUCGGCUCCUGGACAUUCUCAGAAAACUUGCUCUCCGUGGAACUCAACGAGCCUUCACUCCGAUUCGAGGAAGAGAUUGAUGAUAAGGGAAUAGUGGAUAAUGUGACUGUUGCUGAUGACGGUAUCGAUUUAUCUGACUACUAUCCGUCUGUGGAAUGGGAUAUUAUGUCGAGAGUCGCCAAGAGACGAGCCAAGAAUUAUCCGAGUUGCUGUCCGCAAAACGCUUAUAUUGAUGUGACGUACUACCUACAACUCCGCCGCAAACCCCUAUUCUACACCGUCAACCUCGUCUUCCCAUGCGUCGGAAUCUCGUUUCUAACUAUUCUCGUAUUCUAUCUCCCAUCAGAUUCCGGAGAAAAAGUCACUCUGUGUAUCUCGAUUCUUGUCGCUUUGACUAUCUUUUUCUUGCUUCUCACUGAAAUCAUUCCGGCCACUUCCAUCACUUUGCCACUCAUCGGAAAGUACCUACUGUUCACUAUGGUGAUGGUGACACUGUCAGUCGUGGUUACUGUAGUUUCUCUCAAUUUGCAUUUCCGUACUCCAACAACCCAUUUGAUGCCAAAUUGGGUAAAGAAGGUGUUCCUAAAGUGGCUCCCUAAACUCCUCUUCAUGCGGCGACCAAUCGAUGAUUACGAGGAGAAAUUCGACGAGAAAAAGAAGCCGAAAGACGGGAAAAUCGCGUUGAACGUGCAUGCGCAUCGAGUGUCGAAAGACGUCGGACACAAAUUGAAAAAUGCGACGAUCGAUGACACUAUUCAGAAGAUGUACUACUCGCCGCCAGUGGUGAAAGCGUUCGAAAAUAUUUGUUUUAUUGCCGAAUUGCUGAAAAAGAAGGAUCGAGACGAUAAGAUUGAUGAGGACUGGAAAUACGUGGCUAUGGUGUUGGAUCGAUUGUUUUUAUUGAUUUUUUCAAUCGCUUGUUUUGUGGGAACGGUUAUCAUUUUGUUGAGGGCUCCCACGCUCUACGACACGCGAAGUCCCAUCGAUCUACAGUACCGGCCGGCUAACCUAUCGGCGAAUCCAAUUAUUAAUGUCUAA